AUGACUAUCAUUAAAACAAUAAAUCGUCUUUUUCCAUCAAAAAUUCUUAACUAUCAAAUUUUUCAUUUAUUCGAUAAUUUGCCAAAAAAUAUUAAUACAAAUGAUUAUAUAUUUAUUGCUAUCGAGAAAAAUGAAAGACGACGAGAAUUUUGCUAUUUCACUAUGGAAGAAUUGAUAAUUGUAUAUAAAAACUCAACCACCAUUGAUCGUAAUCUAUAUGAAAUCAUUGUUGCAACAAAUCCUGUUAAAGCAUAUAUUGAUUUUGAGUAUUAUAUAGAUAACAAUCUCGACAUACAAAAUCAUUAUAUUGGAUCAAAUUGUUGUCUAAAACUAUUUCAUUAUUUAUUAAACUUUACUCAUCAUACCCAUUAUCAAAAUGAAAAUCAUAUUGAUCUUGCUUUAGAAGAAUUUCUUGUUUUACAAGCAAUUAAUAUAGCUGAAAUUGCACAUCUUUUAGUACUAAAUAGACAAAAUAAAUGGACUCUGGCGAUCGAUAUUAAUGUUUAUUCUAGAAAUCAACAAUUUCGAUUAUUUGAUUGUGCUAAACAUGGAAAAACUAAUGUUCUUCUUCAAUCUACUCAUCAUCCAUUUUCAAAAAAAUCUGAUUGUUCAUAUUUUCAAACAUUAGAAAAAUCUGUGAUCUCACACAUAAAAACAAUUUCAUACUUGCAAUUACUAAGUUUCAAUACUAAUCAAGAUCAAUUUAGUUUUACGGAAUCAGGAACUUCAGCAUUAACAACCAAAAAUAAGAUUGAAGUUCUCAAUUCUAUUAACGACCAUCUGAAAUACUACUGCAUAUUUCAAAACAAAUUCACGCCUAUCAAUAAAUCAAAUAGUUUAACAACUAUUAGCAUUUGUAAAAAUAAUCAUAACAAUUUUGAACAUGAAACAGCAGCCAAAUUCAUACCAUUUAUAGAAAACAUAAUCAAAUCUGAUGCACAUCACCAAGGAUAUAUUUAUACAUGUAUUCCUGGAAAAUAUAACAAAAAUCUACUUUUUUUCAAUAUCGGUGGUAAUUAUCGCUACUGUCCAAAAAAAGGUUCACAUCAUCGCAAUAAUUCAAUAGCAAUCUUACUUGACACAAAAAAAUUGAUCUAUACGAUACGUUGCAAAGAUUCUGAAUGCAACAAUAAUAUAUUGAACUGGAUCUCAAUUCAAUAA